AGAGGGCACUGAGAUGGUGUGAGACAGGAGCCCAGGGGAGAAAGAAAUUCAAGGAAAGAAACAAGAAGAAACCAAGGAGGCAGAAGCCACAAAGGGUCCAAGAGCGCAGUGCUGCAGGCAGGAAUGGCCCCAAGGAUGCUCUGGGCUAGACAGGCCAAAGGAACCCUGAGAGGCCAGGGGCUCAUCUGCUUGGUGAUCUCUCUACUCCUCCAGCACCCAGGAGUCCACAGCAAGUGCUACUUCCAAGCUCAAGCCCCCUGUCACUAUGAGGGGAAAUAUUUCACCCUGGGUGAGUCUUGGCUCCGCAAGGACUGUUUCCAUUGCACCUGUCUGCAUCCUGUCGGUGUGGGCUGCUGUGACACGUCCCAGCAUCCCAUCGAUUUCCCUGAUGGGUGUGAGGUACGUCAGGAGGCAGGAACCUGCCAGUUCUCUCUGGUUCAAAAAUCUGACCCUCGGCUGCCUUGUAAAGGGGGAAGACCCAACCCAGAGUGGGGCUCAGCUAACACUCCUGAUCCUGUGGUUCCUGCUCCCCGCUCCAGCUAAACUCAACUGAUCAUCCUUCGGCUGAUUGCCCACUGCUGCUGCCACUUCCAGGGAAACCACUAGCAGCUGCCAAUUUAUUCUGAAUAAAUAAAUUAAUACUAGAGCUGA